AAUGUGCAUCCAUAAAGCUGCUACAGUCCUGUAAUAAGGACGUCAUCUUGUUCUCCCUUCUCCAGCGUUCACGGGCUUUCUCGGGAGUGCAUUACAGUGCAGUAUUUGUGGUUCAGUAUUUCAUAUCUAAAAAUACCAGGGUGACCAUUUUUAAAGUAGGUCCGCCUCACUUUCACAGGGACGCACAGAAACAACUGCAGGCUAACAGCACACUACGCACAGUCUGCGCGCUGCUGCUGCUGCUAGCUAAAGGUACAGCUGUUUACAACUGUACACCAGCUGCACCGUCUCUCCGUCCAUCCCGCUGGAGGGACGCGGACAGCCUAGAUGAACGAGCUGGUGAAGAGCUUGCCCUCCCCGACUCUCCCGGGGCUCCACCUGCCUUGUCUGGACACCCACAAGGGCUGGCUCUUCAAAUGGACCAACUACCUGAAGGGCUACCAGCGGCGCUGGUUCGUCCUCAGCAACGGCCUGCUGUCCUACUACAGGACUCAGGCAGAGAUGGCGCACACUUGCAGAGGCACUAUUCCCCUGGCAAAAGCUCACAUCGAGGUGGGUGACACCUGUCACUUUGUGUUAACCAGCGGAGGCCGAACCUACCACCUGAAGGCCACAUCUGAGGGGGAGUGUCAGAGAUGGGUGUCAGCCCUGCAACAAGCAAAGGCUAAUGCCACGCUCCUGGUGCAUCACUCGGAUGACUCAGGAGAUGAAACCCCUGUGCCUCAGGAGGACCGUGCCCUCACCCAAGGAGCGCUGCAUUCCCUGGCCACCAAGUUGGAGGAUCUGAGCACCUGUAAUGAGCUGAUCGGAAAGCACGGCGCCGCUCUCCAGCGCUCCCUCAGCGAACUUGAAGACCUGCGAGGGCCCACCGAAGGCACGGACAAAGUGAAAGCCGUUAAUGAGCGAGCCACCCUCUUCCGCAUCACCUCUAAUGCUAUGAUCAAUGCUUGUCGGGACUUUUUGGAUGUGGCAGAAUCUCACAGCCGGCGGUGGCAGAAGGCUCUGCACUAUGAGAGAGAACAGCGCCACCAUCUGGAGGAGACCAUUGAACAGUUAGCCAAACAGCACAACAGCCUGGAGAGAGCGUGGAGGGAGAAUCCCACCUCAUAUACAGGUGUGGAACGGUCUCAAGAGGGGGAUGCGAGUGAUGAAAAUGAAGAAGCGGAGUUCUUUGAUGCCAUGGAGGACGCCCCUUCAUUCAUAACUGUGACUACCACUGGAAAUAUCCGACACAAGCGCUCAGGCAGUAACCAGAGUAUGAUGAGUGGAGGAGUGCCCACUGACUGGACUCACAAUGAGAGUGACACCUCAGGCACAAACCAAAUGCAGCUACGAAGAACAAGACGCAGUCGUAUCCCUGACAAACCAAACUACUCCCUCAACUUGUGGAGCAUCAUGAAAAACUGUAUCGGAAAGGACCUAUCCAAGAUUCCCAUGCCUGUAAACUUUAAUGAGCCGCUAUCGAUGCUGCAGCGUCUGACUGAGGAUUUGGAGUACAGCGAGCUACUGGACCGGGCGGCUCGCUGCGACUCGUCCCUGGAUCAGAUGUGCCUCGUGGCUGCCUUUUCCGUCUCGUCCUACUCAACCACAGUCCAUCGUACCGCCAAGCCCUUCAACCCUCUGCUGGGGGAGACUUACGAGCUGGACCGACUGGAGGAGUACGGCUAUCGCUCCAUCUCUGAGCAGGUCAGCCAUCAUCCACCAGCUGCGGCCCACCAUGUGGCAUCAGAGCGAGGAUGGACUCUGUGGCAGCACAUAACCAUUGAUAGCAAGUUUCGUGGGAAAUAUAUUUCUGUCAUGCCGUUAGGUAACAUUCACCUGCAGUUCCACUCAAGUGGAAACCAUUACGUGUGGAGCAAAGUGACUUCCACGGUGCACAACAUCAUUGUAGGGAAACUUUGGAUCGAUCAGUCUGGAGACAUUGACAUUGUGAACACCACCACGAAGGACACCUGCCGUCUCAAAUUCUCCCCGUACAGCUACUUCUCCAGGGAAAUUCCACGAAAAGUGACCGGCGUGGUGGAGGACGGAGAGGGAACAGCCCAUUACAUCCUGUCAGGAACCUGGGAUGACAAAAUGGAAAGUGCAAAAAUAGUGGAAAGCAGCCGGGGAUGUGGAGGCUCUGAAGGAAAACAAAAAACUGUUUAUCAGACUCUUCAACCCAAACUCCUGUGGAAAAAAUACCCUCUUCCAGACAAUGCAGAAAACAUGCACUAUUUCUCCGCCCUGGCACUGACCUUGAACGAGCCGGAGGAGGGCGUCGCCCCAACCGACAGCCGUCUGCGACCGGACCAGCGGCUGAUGGAGGUGGGCUUGUGGGACGAGGCGAACAUCGAGAAGCAGCGGCUUGAGGACCACCAGAGGAUGGAGAGAAAAAGAAGGGAGGCACAAGCUAACCAGGCCCUGGAAGAAGGGCAAGACGUGGAAAGUUACCAGCCAGUGUGGUUUGAGAAGAGAACAGACGAAAACACAGGAGAAUCAUCCUACAUGUACAGAGGUGGCUACUGGGAAGCUAAAGAGAGACAAGACUGGAGUCACUGUCCUGAGAUCUUCUAGGAAUCUGGUAGUUUUUUGGGUGGGGGGUUAGGUGGGCUUAGAUGAGCAGGUGGCAGUGGGUGAGAUAGCUAACUCCUCUCAGCUUCUAAAGCACAAAACCUCCAGCCUCUACUUCCUGUGUAUAUGUGUUCCCUCCCUGUUACAGCUGUUCUACCAGGAUGCAUGGCCUUGGUUGGCAUACGCUUCCAUGCUCUGCAGAACUUUUUAUGUGAGCAAUUCAAGUUUUGUGUGCGAGUGUGGGUGGACUUUAGUUUACAUAGAACCAAUUUCAGCACAAAACACACCUAACUGAGUGUGCAUGGACGAUCCUGGGGUCGUGGAGCUCCCUGGGUGUACAAGCCCCAAAUGUCCUGCUCUAAUCAAAGAUGGAGGAUAUCAGUCUUUGAAAGAGUGGGACAAAAGCCUUCUUCUGUGCUGUGAAGUUGUGUAAGCAGAGCAUGAUUUACAGAUCCUUCACAUUCUUUGCUGUUUUGUGCUAGAGUGUUUUUUCAAAAUUGCACCACAGUAUCCUGCAGCACAAGCUGAACCCAGAGUGGCCUCUAAAUACAAAGACCUCGUUUCAUUGAGAGAUGAGUGACAGAAACUGUGUCAUUUAACACUUCUAAGCUAGUUCGCUUCAAACACAGAUCAAUGCAAAACCCCAGAGAUCAUGUAUGACUGAACUAAAGGAGUUUUAUUGAGUCCAUGAAGAAAUGAAAGUUGCAGUAUUGUUGUAAAUUAGUGCUAAUCUUACAUGUCAGAGAUGGCAAAGUGGAGAUUUUUGUACAUCUAACAGACUAUAAGAGAAGAAGAUUUUGAUUUUUGACCCAUUUGGGCAUCUAAUCUAAUUUGAGCAAUUUCCAAUGCAUUACUCAUUCCAGUAAAAGGCUAAACUGUAUAAGUGCUUCAGAAAUGUCCCUAAUCUGUACAAAUCUACAAUUUCACAGCAAAAGCUUGCAUUUUUUGCCAUCUGUCUACAUAUUAUCCUCUACAAGUAGAAAUCAAAUACAAACUUUUUUUUAAAUUUCAAAACAAAAUACAGUUUAUGAAAAUAUUCCAACCAUUUCCUGAGAGCUCAGGUGAUUCAUACCACUAUCACGAUUAUUAAGCUUAAUAAGGUCACACAACUCAAGCAGACAAAAAGUUACAAGCGUUUAAAGCCCUAAAAAGCACAGACUGCUUCUAACUUUCUAGAUGAAACUACCCUAUUAAACUUAAUGAUGAGGGAGAACAGCUCAAUUCAUAAUCAGUAUGAUUCUUUUGGAGCCUAUAUGAUCUAUAAAUGAAUUGUUUUGUCAAGAUGGAUUGCUUUUGAUGCUGAACUCUGUAAGGGUUUUAGUUGAUAGGCAAAUUGAACAUGAAAGCACUUUUGAAGAAACAUUAAAGUCUGCUGUAAUGUUUUCUAAUAAAGCACAUAAUCUCAGAUGAAGAGGAGCGGAAUGAUCUGAUCUGAUUAGACAGGAUGUGAAGAGCCACUGUUCCUAACAGUGUGCGCGCCGAAGGACAGAUUAUGAGCACCUUUUAACGAAUCCCAUCCCGUCAAGGUUGCAACAUCUUUAUAUGGGAACAAAUGCAACAAUUCAUAGACUAGUCUAAAUCACGUUUGGCAAAACUGAUAGAGAUAUGUGAUUUUUCACCAGUAGGUUGUUUGAGAGGUUACUUCUUUUGAUUAGGUUAUAGACAAGAAUAAUUAGAUUUUUUUCCAUUAGUUUCCUUUUUUCUAUCAAAUUCCAAACCUGGCCUGAUUUAUUAAAUUGAUAAAUGAUUACCGUAUUACUUAUAAAUCAUAAUUAAAUUAAAAUUGUGUCAGAAAUUGGAACUGGAAACUGGGAAUCUCAACUCAUUUGAGAGCCUUCUAGAUUUUAGGGUAAAUACUUUUUUCCAGCACUUCUGCUUCCUGUCUACCACAAAUUCUAAUAUUAGGUUAAAAAAAUUAUAAUAAUGUUAAACCUUCUUUUACCGCUGUUUCAUUUGGUCUUUAGAGGAAUAUAAAUUAGUCCCUUCUAACUGUUUAGGUCAAAUGUUUACAUUUUUGCAUCUGACACUGUAAAUUGAGAUAGACUUAACCCAAAUUUUAACAAUUUAUGGGCAGAAUAUCUUUGCAAGAUUAAGAAGAUUAAAUGUUUACUAAAAUCUAGCACUUUUUAUUCUUAAUAUUUGGAUCCUGGAAUCCCAGUGUUAUGAUUUAAAUGCAGCUGUGACUAUGUGAGCCUUAUGCCUCAUGUUUUGUAUUUUCCCCCUUACUCUACAGUAAAUAAAACAAAAACUGGACGCAUGAAUUUCUGUGGAAACUUUUCUUAGUUCUCAGGCUGGAACAUAAACUCCGAAAGCAAGCAAGUAUUAAAAGUAAGAUAAUUUUAUUUCCACAAGGUUACAAAAACUCUUUAGUUGAGAAAUGGUUGCAGAGCCAUACGGAAAAAUCCUCAGUUUCCUUUUAUGGAAUCUAAAACAUUUAAACCACAUAAAUACUUUGAGAACUCUAAAGUACAUGUAUUUAUACCUGAAAAUAUGUGAAGACUUAAUUUUAGGAGUUUCUCUGAUGCAGAAAUCAGUUCAUCCUUGUGUUGCACACAAUGAGAACUUAAAUUGGUGCUUAAUGAUAAUUCUAGCCUUAAUUAGAGCAUGUAACAAAAGAGUAAUCUAUAGUAAGUCUGACCUAGAUACAGAAAAACGUUUUAUACAGAUGUUUAUUAUGUUCAGACUUAUACAGAAGGCAUUCAGGUGGUUGUUUUGGGUAACAAAGUUCGGUUUAGAAUAUUAAUAUGUUAACUACUUUCCCUAUAUAAAGUUUAAGAAAUAUAGAUAUUUAUGAGAGAUAUGUAUAUCAUAUGUGUAUAUGUAAAUAUGAUUUAUUUUUUUGUUCUUGUUGCUUUAUUAAAAUGCUAAAUGUCAGCAAUAAUGCAAUAUGAACAGCAACUUAAGUACAAAAAAAUCACUACUGUGUCAAAUUAGUAUAGAUUUCCAUUAGAUAAGUGGUGGAUUAGUUGCUAAUAUGAACAUGGACGCCCAUAAUAAAUACCCUCCAUAUCUAAUACUUCUGUGUAUUUAUACCUUACUGUGUACAAUAACAGGGCAUGGUUCACAUAUAUGACUGUCCGGUUAGUUUUCACCAGUAAUUAGUAACAAUACAGUAGAAGUAGAAGCUCAUCAGCUAAAUCACUGUAAAAUGUUUGACAUUACGUGAAUAUCCAUGCUUAAUCACUCUUUAUCUUCUGGUUUUGAAUAGUCGAAACCAAACACAGCUAAUGAGAUGUUGCAGAGACUGAAUUAUGAAUGUAAGAGGAUUAGAUGCUGUAUGUCAUAUUCUAAAAAAAAUGUAUGAAAUCAUGUUCAAAUAAAGCACAAGGUCUUCUUGACCUGCUGUAACACUGUACAGAAUCCAGAGGUUUUCAUCACAGCACACUCAGUAGCUAUGCAUGGUUUCAGAGUGCAAAUGCACUUUUGUAGUGAGCAGCCUUUUGGCAAUUGGUAAGUGUGGAUUGCCAGUGAAACGUGAUGUAAAUUCACCUUUUGUGCCCAAUUACCUCAGAAAGUUUCAAUUUUCCAAAUCAAAUAAAAAUACCAUGAA